CAGAGUGGCUGGCAUUGCUGUUUUGUUUGCUUUCCAAAUGAUUCUGAUCAGGCGGCAGUCAAUCCUUUUAUUGGAGGGUGCAGUCUGCAAGGUGGGAUGGGAGCUGGGACAGGUCUCCUCAGAACAUUUCAUGGUGUUGAUUUGUGGAAGUUACCCAACAUGGAGGUGGCCCUGCUCUGCUACUGUACUGCAGUCAAGGGGUGUGAUGAUACCAGGAGAUGAAUUGAGAGUUAUGGCUGACACUGGGGGGCCCUUUCUGCUGAUUGUCGAGGUCUCUGCUCAGUUCCUGAGGUAAUGGUCCCUACGAACUGCUCUCCUAGGCAGAAAGAGUGGGCUCCUUGCUCGGAUUGAACGUAUGGAAAGACGAAUGCAGCUGGUGAAGAAGGAUAAUGAGAAAGAGAGGCACAGGCUGUUUCAAGGCUAUGAAACUGAAGACCGGGAGGAGCCUGAGCUUUCUGAGAAGAUUCAGCUGGAGUGUCAGACUGAGCUUUCAGAGACGUCCCAGGCCUUGCCAUCAAAACCUUUCUCAUGUGGACGGAGUGGGAAGGGACAUAAAAGGAAAUCCUCAUUUGGAAGUGCAGAGAGAAAGACUCCAGUUAAAAAGCUGGCUGCUGAAUUUUCAAAAGUCAAAACAAAAACUCCUAAGCACUCUCCUGUUAAAGAGGAACCCUGUGGCUCCUUACCUGAAACUGUGUGUAGACGUGAACUGAGGAGCCAAGAGACUCCAGAAAAACCCCAGUCGUCAGUGGACACCCCCCCCAAACUCUCUAUCCCCCAGAAGGCACCCAGCACUCACCUCAAGGAGAAAGCCUUCACAAGCGAGCUAGAAGAUUUGCCGUACCUUUCCACCACAGAAAUGUACUUGUGUCGUUGGCACCAGCCUCCCCCAUCACCAUUACCAUUACGGGAACCCUCUCCAAAGAAGGAGGAGACUGUAGCAAGAUAUCUGAUGCCAUCAAGUGUUGCAGGAGAAACUUCAGUCUUGGCUGUUCCUUCUUGGAGGGAUCACACUGUAGAGCCUCUGAGAGAUCCAAAUCCAUCAGAACUCUUGGAGAACCUGGAUGACAGUGUGUUUUCAAAGCGGCAUGCAAAACUGGAGCUGGAUGAAAAGAGAAGGAAAAGAUGGGAUAUUCAGAGGAUCAGGGAACAAAGAAUUUUACAGCGACUGCAGCUCAGAAUGUAUAAAAAGAAAGGAAUUCAGGAAUCUGAGCCUGAGGUUACCUCAUUUUUCCCUGAGCCAGAUGAUGUUGAAAGUUUGCUGAUUACCCCCUUCUUGCCUGUUGUAGCAUUUGGAAGACCAUUACCAAAAUUGACCCCACAGAAUUUUGAGCUGCCCUGGUUGGAUGAGCGUAGCCGAUGCAGGUUGGAGAUCCAGAAAAAGCAGACACCUCACAGGACGUGUAGGAAAUAGCUGUGCUUCAAGAGACCUUUAUCUUCAGAUGGUUGUAGCCUGCCAUUCCCAGAGAGUGGCUAAGACCUGUAUAUGUGACCCAAUUACCCAAACCCUGUGUUCUCCUGUCUAUUAUCACUCACUGAUAAUGCCCUUACAUUCUUCCUUUGAGUUUGGGUGUUUUUUUUGUGUGUUUUUUUUUCCACAUUCUGUUUUCACAAAAACUCCUUUGUUGGGCUAAUUGUGGGGAGGGGGUUUUGUUCAUUUGUUCCUUUCCCAUCUUAUUUUUGGGAAUGAGUUCUUGAGUUAAAUCUGCAAGCCCCUCUCUGGCUGGAAGCUUCAAGGGUCACAUAUCUGACUUUUAGUAGUCACUAGAUAGAGAUUCUUGGUGAGCCAAACCUUGCCUAGGAGAGAUGUCUAUUUAGCAUUCUGUGGCAUUGGGCAUGGUGAUGUUGAUCUACCCUGAAAUGGCUCUGCAUUGGCUUAAGAGCCAAAUGAAGAGUGGAGAGUGAUAAGGUGAUAAUAGGCCUUCUUUACUGUGUGGAAAGAGGUCUGGGGAGCCAGUGAACUUAUUAGACAAGGGUCCUCAAACCAUUCUGUGAUUUAUCCUCAUAGGGAUGGGCAAGGGGAAAUUUAGUCUUGUUUAUUUUCUUGGUUAGUGAAUAAAUUGAGUCCCAUUCCAUUUCCUUCUUCCUCCUCUCAGUCCUUCAAAAGCCUUUGUAUCUUGUAAGUGGCAAAGAGAAUGGGCUCUUAAUUUCAUUUACUAGCCCACCCUACCCUCAUGGUGUAAUCCAAUAAAACCCAGUAGCCUGAAUAACAUGGCAUUUGAGAUGCCCCUGUGUCAAAUCACUUCUGAAGUAUUCCUUAUUGAGACUCUGUCCUUUUAGUUCUUGGUGGUGGGUAAAGAUCUGGGGGGUGGGGGGGGGAAGAGGAGAUGCUUCUAUGUACUUCAUUUGGCUGACAAAUAUGUCUGCAUAUUGAUGUACUUGAUAGAAUAUUCUUUGUGAAAAUAGAAUUUACACGCACAAUAUUGGUUCCUUUUUUUUUUCCAUUUUGUUUAAAUGUUUCAGGGUAGCACUCCCAGGCAACUGUAUAAGAGACCUGUACUAGCUGGAGAGGAGAUAGAGCCAAGGCUUCAGCUAUAGGAAUUGCAAUUUUUUUUAACCUUCAGGACUCUUGUGAGAAUUGAGUUUCUAGUCUCUAUGCAGUGAAAAGGGGGAAGGACUUAGAUCCUUAAAGGAAAUUUGCUGUACCUAAAACCAUAAGCACUUUUAGGGGGGGAAGUCAAAAUACAGUGUGUGGCUGGCCCCUUAGUGGAAAUAGGACACCAGUGUUGGAAGUGGAAACUUACUUCUGAUACUGUUUAUCUUGUGAGGUGCUGGUCUGCAUUCCCUGGGUUUGAUUUUUUAAAAAAGAUUCUCCCAGCAGCACAUACAGUAUUCAUGGAAGAUCUUAACUUUUAUUUUCUUUUUUUGGUGGGUUGGAGUAAGCUAUGGUUUUUCUUCAUUAACUCUUCCUGCUAAGGAAAAAACA